AUGUCGAAUACCAUUGUCCUGUAUGACCUGCCCUCGAAGCAAGGCAAAAGCUGGAGCUACAAUGCGUUGAAAGCGCGACUCGUUCUCAAUUACAAGAACAUUCCGUACCAGACAGAGUGGACAGAGUAUCCUGAUUUGAAGGUUAAGCUGGGUAAAACCGGACUUGCUCCAAAUGAGACUGGACCGGCCUACACCUCUCCAGCAAUCCGGCUACCCGAUGGAUCGUACCUUCAAGGCUCGCGCGCCAUUGCCGAAAGGCUUGAGCAACUUUACCCAGAACCGUCUCUCCAUCUCGACCUCCCCGAUCAGGAGCACGUCGAGGAACUGGUAGUUAAAUUCACCAACAUUAUUCGACCUAUAUUUACUCCUUCGGUGCCGAAAAUCCUCCUCAACCCACCCAGUCAGACAUACUUCAUCGAGGCUCGCGAGAAGCGAAUAGGAAUGAAGCUGGACGAGUUUGCCAAGGGAGCAAAAAAGUGCGUUCAGACUGUCGCGCCCGUAGUCAAGGAACUAGGUGAAGCGUACGAGAAGAACGAAGGUCCCUUCCUACAUGGCCAUACACUCUGUUACGCCGAUUUGAUCUUCCUUGGUCUGUUGAGGAUGUUGAAUAACUUGGGUGAGAUCUCUCAAUUUUACGAACUCGAGGGAGGGGAUAAACUGAAGGCAUUGUAUGAGGCGGGCAAGGCGAAAGGCUUGUUUGACAGAGACUCGUACUGA